CUUUUACAAAUUUUUAUCGGCAGAGCAACACACUACUUCCAUCCCCCAAAAAGUCAAAGAUGCAUCAUUACCGUAUGAUCAGAUGACAUGCAACUACAUCGCAGUCUCUGAUAGGGCGAUGUCACCACAUGACAUCACAAUGUCUGUAGUAUAUAUUUUUAUGUCCCUUAUGUGGACAAAAGGGUGAUUUGGAUUUUUGUGGACAAAGGACUUGACUUAUUGUGACUAAAACACUUGGAUUCUUUUAAUUUUCAUUUUACAUCCAGAGAAGUUUGGAUCUUUUGUGAACAAAAAACUUCGACUUGGAUCUUGGUUUAAGUUUUUGUAGACCAAUGAGGGGUUUUCAUAUUGGUUUUACUUUUUGGUAGCAAAGGGUUGAUCAGGAUUUUAUUUUUAUUUUAAUUCUACUUGAUCAGUGGAAAGCAGUUUCUACUUUUUCUGAACAAAGGACUUGAACUCAUCAUCAUUUGAUUAAAACUAGUAGCCCCGUAAUCCACUUUGCGCGCAAUUUUGCAACCUAAUCUUCUUGGAAAUGGCGACAGACCUUUUCAAGACACGUGGGAACCUUUUUAAAUUGUGCAGAAUUGGUCCCGUUUCUAAUUUCUUCAACCAUUUUGCACGGCAUUAGCUAGUUUGGGAACGAUUGAUUUAUGAGUAGCUUUGAAGGCAUCCGGGUAACAUACGCAACAUCUCACGGAAGUGCACGAGACGAGAGAAACUGCGAAAAUGGACGUAAAGAACCACGUUCUUAGCUCUUGGAGCGACAGUGUUUAACUCUGCUGGCUGGCGUUUUUUUUUUUUUUUUUUUGCUUUUUAUUUUAUUUUUGGAACGGUUUGGUGUUCGGAGCGCUCACUUCAUAGACGCGCAGGAUGGGACUGCGCAUGGGCGGAGUCAAUCGGCACCCCUCAAUGAUGCGUUUGCUGACGUAAAAUACAGGUCAACACGAAACAGACACCAAAUAACACACGAAAAUGGGACGUGGUGCUGUCGGAAUUGUCUCCACACACCACCCCUGUUUGUUUUGCAACGGUCUAUCCAGGAACGAAUAACUUCCUCUCCCCCGGAAACCGAGGAAGCCAACGACUAGCUCGGCGGCUGGCGGGCAGUUGAGCUGUACUGGAGCUUGGCUAGGCUAGGUUAAGCUAAGUUAAACUAAACUGUUGUCUUUCGCUUCGUGGCGACUCCACAGAGUUCCUCGUCACCACCGCCAGUCGGAGAAAAUGGUGUAUCUGUUGAACCCUCUGGAGAACCUGAGAAGCUACAUCAACAACCGCCCGCCACUGGUCAUCUUUAUGAUCAGUGUCAGUGCCCUGGCCAUCGCCUUUCUCACUAUUGGUUACUUCUUCAAGAUCAAGGAGAUCAAGUCUCCGGAGUUUACCGAGGACUGGAACACCUUCCUGCUGCGCUACAACGAGCUUGACUUCUGCGUGUCGGAGAACGAGACCAUCAAACACGGCCUGAACGAGUCCACCACGCCCGAGAGCCUGGCAGCGACCAGCGGGCAGGCUCGGCCCAGCACGUCAGCGGUGUUGCUCUCCGAAGACUCGGGAUCCGUCAACAUCUCGGUGGCCAUCACGCUCACGUUGGACCCCCAGCGGCCCUUUGGCGGGUACUCCCGGAACAUCACCCACCUGUACGCCUCCGUGCUGGGACAGCAGGUCGGCUUGUCUGGCCGUGAAGCCCACGAAGAGAUCAACAUCACCUUCACGCUGCCCGUGUCCUGGAACGCCGAAGACUGCAUUCUGCACGGCCACUGCGAGCAGGUGGUGUUCAGCACGUGCAUGACCAUCACGGCGGCCAGCAACGUCUUCCCGGUCACAGUGCAGCCGCCGCACUGCCUCCCAGAGACGUACACCAACGCCACCUCUUGGUACAAGGUGUUCACCACCGUGCGGGACUCGGACACCAAGUACAGCCAGGACUACAACCCCUUCUGGUGCUACAAGGGCGCAGUGGGCAAGGUGUACCACGCCCUCAAUCCCAAACUCACCGUCAUCGUGCCCGACGACGAUCGCUCCCUCAUCAACCUGCACCUGAUGCACACCAGCUACUUCCUGUUCGUCAUGGUCAUCACCAUGUUCUGUUAUGCCGUCAUCAAGGGCAGGCCCGGCAAAUUGCGGCAGAGUAGCCACGAUUUCUUCCCCGAGAAGGUGACACUUUCAGAAGGCUAAGAAGGUACAAGAAGAUCCCCUAAGGUAACAUGAUUGCUUAAAAAAAAAAAAGAAAACUUAUAACACCCAGAGAUGACUCACAGAGUUGCUGGGCGCACUUUCAAGAAUGAUUUUAAAACUCCUCGCAAUGAUGUUGGGACGAUCCAACCAAAGAUACAAGUGCCUGCCAUCUGUGGUGUAAAUAUGUUUUGAGAAACCAUUUUUUUGUUCUUUUUUUUUUUUUUUUAAGUAAGGGUUUACUGUUGAUUUGCCUCUGGACUCCUCCGUUGCCAUAUCAGGAUCAUGCAGUACAGUGAGCGAGCGGCACCGCAUCUUCCAAUAUACUUUUGUCCGAAUCAAACGCAAGAAGUAAUCAAAGGCGAAAACAUCUGCCCGAACAGGAUGUCAAGGAUCACUUUUUUCCAGGACCAGGUCCCGGUAAAUUUCUUGAGCCACAAUGAAACUGUUCGCGUCUGAUGGGUUCAUUUUUAGCUGCCGUUCUAAUGCUCCACAGUCUUAGCCGGGAAUGCUCCAAAUUAGUCGAUUGAUCAAAAUUACUAAGCAAGACGAUUCAUUGACAUUUUUUUUGCAAUUGAUUUUUAAGUAUUCUAAUGUGACUGGAAUGUAAAAUCUCGGAGAACGUGUACGUCCGUUUGAGAUGCGUUGUUGGCAUCAUAUUUUGGUUUUUGUUGCUGCAACCCAGGAUGUCGCCCGCUGACUAGCAAGCGUUACGAUCUGAGCGUGCAUUUGUGACAUUUCACAUGAACAACGAACAAGGAAGUCCCGCACUAAUGAAAAGGCGCACGCCGAACGUGCAUUUGUAACAUGCUGAUUUCGAUUGCCGAGAAUCCUGAUGAAUAUUAAAAGUAGUAUGUUAAUGGAAUACAUUACUAGUCACUUGUCAUUCCUUUUUUUUUUUUUUUUUUACUGUAUGAUACAAGAGCAGCAUCGUGACAUCGCUACGAAUGUUUAAUUCGUAAGACUUUCUCUUCAUCAGGCUCCGCCAGCGUCCUCAUCCCGAGGGAAACGAUUAAUUUGUUUUUUGUCGGGAAAGUCAAAUUUCAUUACGCGAUUCUGAAGUUUUCCUCCUUUCUGGUGUGGCAGCAAUAUGCUUCCGUAAGUCAGUCUGCGAGAUUCCAGUUUCCAAUACAGCACUCAGGAUUGUGGCGUUCUGCUUACGGUCAGUUGGUCAACCAGGAAGUAAGCAGACUUACUAGCAAACGAGUUAAACGCACAUUUGUGGCACCUUUCGCUAGCUGUGAAGCAGGAAGUGGCAUGUUGAGAAACCGCACAACCCGCCAUUUAACCCGUACUCGAUAUUUUCUGGUUCAAGGCUACUUCCAAACCUUCGGAACGCGCCGAGCACUUCUUCAAGAAUAGCACUGAUAACCACGUCUUAUGAAUGAUGAAUCAUUUUUAUAUAUAUAUAUAUAUAUAUAUAUAUAUAUAUAUAUAUAUAUAUUUUUUUUUUUUUUUUUUUUUCUUUGUAGCAUGCUGCGUAUUGUUCAUGUUGUUCAAAUCACGCCGUUCGUUGGCUAGCGUGCUUAAAUUGCGACCCUCCGCUUCGAUUCCAUGGCAUUGUUCAUGUGAACUGUCAGUUUGUUGGUUAGUUUGCUACUUCCUUGUCCGUAGCUCAUGUCAGGAACGUGUGGACGGUGGAUUCCGAGUUGUCGUGGCUCAAAAUGUGAAACUUAUUCCUGUCUGGCCUGGCGAGGUUAAAAAAAAAAAAAAACAAGUCCUCAACAAUCUUUUCCACAAUCAUCCAUUUUCUUGGCGUUUGACUGCAGAGCAAAAUGAAUAUUUAAGAUCAAGAAAUUAUUAAAUAAAUUAAUUAAAUUAGUCGAAUAAAAAAAAUGUCCAUUCCUUUGUUAGUUAAAAUUUUUCUAUUUACUGGUUAACGUUAUGAAUGUGCAGAUUGUGGCGUUCAAGUCGCAGAAAACGAGAUGAAAUUGAACACGUUCUUCCGUAGGCUGAAUGCGCUUUAUCAGUUCCUAAAAUGCUUCUUUUUGUUUUUCUAUUUUUUAUUUGAUUAUUAUUUUUAAAAUCUUAAACCGUCAUACAAAUGAUUGGACAGUGUUCAUGCACAAGAUACUUGCAUGUUUGUGGAAUGUGAAGAUGUUGCUGCUUCUGUCAGUUAAGCAAUUUUUCUUUUGCGUUUGAUUUUGACGCGAAACCGUAAACUUGCCUUACCCACGACGGAUGAAGUUUGCAUCGUCUUUGUCCUUUUCUUGUGACAACCAUGUGUAAAUAAUCAUAUCAACGCUCCUUAAAUUAUUUCACGAUUUUGAAUUACUUUUGUUGUUUGGAUAGUUAGCACACCUCAUAGAUUUCUUGCACUUUUGACUUGAUUUUUUUUUUUUUGUCUUCAUAUUCCUGCACCAAAAAAAAAAAAAAAGUCUGAUUAUAUUUUUGAUUAAAGUAAUUUAUUUUUGUCUAGUAUGACUAUGUGCGAAAGGAGUGAGUGACUCAAUUCUCUCAAAUAAAUAUUUGACAAUCA